CGCUAGAGAGUUCAACAAAAAACGUAUAUGGUCCAGACUUAAAAGCGUUACUGCGGUCUGGUUCAAGAUUGAGGUCAUCAACAGCUCUACCUACGAACCACCAGAUCUCAGAUUCUCCGUCCACACCUGCUGGCCAAAGAGCCGAUGGACUCCUCUCCUCUCAAUCGUCUUCCGGAAGAGACCAUCCACCAGAUCUUUUUCCAACUAACCCUCCGUCAAAUCGCCGCCUGUAAGUGUGUCUGCAAAGCCCUCUCCUCCGCCCUCUCCUCGCCGUCAUUUCGCCACCUUCUGUCCACCCAACCCACUUUCCUCUCCCUUCUCGCCCUCAAGCCUUCCGAUCGCCAUAUUUCCCCCUUUCCGAACCUCCAUGCCUUUGACCCUGCGUUGAAUCAGUGGCUCAGAUUCUCUCUAUCUUUCCUUCCGUCUUCUUCUCUCCAUCCGAUUACUUCCUCAGAUGGGCUACUCUAUCUCUGGGCUGCUCUACCCCCUUUGCGAAAUUCUAAUACUGCCCUUGUGAAAAAUUCUUCCCAAAAGUCCCUUGUGGUUUGCAACCCUUUAACGCGCCAGUUCAAAAUCCUCCCGCAGCUUGGAUCGGCUUGGUCUCGUCACGGUUCUGUUUUAGCUGGUUCGGGUACAGUCUUUGUUCUUACAGAGCUUGCCAUUCUGUAUUAUUCUCAAGGUAACGACUUUAAAAAUGGGGAUGUGAAUUCUGGUGGUGUCUCGAGUAAUUGGCUCAAGUUUACCUCGAACUUACCGUCAAAGCCGCGGAGUCCUGUUAUGGUAUCCGAUUUUAUUUUGGCAUUGUGUGAUGUGGGGUCUCCGUGGAGGUCGCAGUGGGCUAUAUUUAAGACGAAAAUAACAGAUAUGAAGAAAACGAAGCAGUGGGUUCGGGUGGAGAAAAGGCAGUGGGGCGAUAUUUUUGGCAUUUUGAAGCGGCCGCGAUUAGUGAAGGCCAGGAAUGAAAAUAAAGUUUACAUGGUUGGAGGGUUAAAAAGCUCGUUUGCUCUACAGAGCUCGUGCACAACCAUCUUGAUAUUGAGGUUGGACCUAGAGAGCCUGGAAUGGGAGGAGGUUGGGCGAAUGCCGGAGGAAAUGUACAGGUGCUUCAUGGAAAGUAGUAAAUUUAAGGUGUUUGGCGGUGGGAAUAAGGUGUGUUUUUCAGCUAAAAGGGUUGGAAGGUUGGUUCUUUGGGAAGAAAGCGAAGAUGGGAAAGCCAAAUGGAGGUGGAUUGAUGGUUUAUCUGGGAAUGGAGAUGGCGUUUGUCGUGGAUUUGUAUUCGAGGCAAGGCUUGAUGUUGUGCCAUAGAUGAGGAGGAGCAAUAAUUUAGUGGUAUCUUAAUUGAAUUGGAAUAUAGGAUGACAUAAUUUAAAACAAAUUUAAAAUCUUGUUUAUAUUUCAGUGUAAUGAUCAGGCUUUGAUUGUGUUUUUGCAUUUGUGCUUUGAAUUGCUCAAUGAAUGAAGUGAACAGUUUGUUUUUUGCGCGUUACAUGAAAUUUGUUUUAGUAAAAGUUA